AUGCCGUAUACUUCUAUGUUGAUGGAUUCAACUAAUGAGGAUGAAUCAAAUCAAAUGAAUAAUAAUAAUCAAACAAAUAUGAUGAUACACACUCAAAUACCUACAAUAACGACAACAAAAGUUGAAGAUAUAAAUAAUCAUCAAAAUAAUAAAAUUAGUAAUAAUAAUAACAACACAUUACAUCAAUUACAACCUCCACAUCCAAAUAUGAAGGAUCCAAUUAUUGAAAUUGCAACAUAUGCAGAAACUGAUGUCUUUGAAUGUUAUAUACGUGGUAUUGAAUCACAUAUUGUAAUGAGAAAAGUUAAAGAUGAUUGGAUCAAUUUAACACAAAUGUUUAAAAUUGGAAAUUUUUCAAAAAAUCAAAGAACAAAAAUUUUAGAGAAAGAAUCAAGUAAAAUUCAACAUGAAAAAGUUCAAGGUGGUUAUGGUAGAUUUCAAGGGACUUGGGUACCGUUAAAUGAUGCAAGAAUUAUUGCAGAAAGAUAUAAAAUUAAUGACCCUGUGGUUAAUACAAUUGUUAAUUUUAUACCUGAUCCAAAUAAUCUACCACCAAAGAGAACAAAAAAUAGUAUAUUAAGGAAAACAUCUCCAGGUAAAAAAAUUGCAUCACCUUCAAGUUAUAAGACAACUCCAAAGAGGAAAUCACAAUAUGAAUCUAAUCCACAAUAUUUAAGUAGUGCUGGUGGUAAUACAAAUUUAAAUAAUAAUACAGCAUCUUCAAAUUAUAAAAAAUUAAAGAAACAAAAUAAAAAUCAUAGUAAUAUUGGAGCAAAUCCAAGUCCAUUACAAAGUAUUGCAUUUCAAACUCCACAACAAUCAUAUUUAUCAGGUCAUUCUGCAAAUACAAUUAAUGGAGGAAAUUUUCCUAAUACAGGAAACUCUGCAUUGAUGGGUACAAACUCAUUUGGUGUUACCAUAAGUGGCAAUUCCACAAUAUCACAUAUAAGUUCUAAUGAAACCCCACAAACAAAUGGUUAUUCAGCGUCUCAAAAACCUUUACAAUUUUAUCCAGUUCCAACAACUUUACGUCAAAAUAAUAAUAAUAACAAUGGAAACAAUAGUAAUAAUAACUCAGAAUAUGAACAAUCUUCCCAAAAUUAUCAAAAUCAUACAAAGAGUAACCCUACAAAAUCACAUCAAGCAUCAUUCCUAACAUUUGUUCCCGAUGGACCACAUACAAAUCCAGACAAUAAUGAUUAUGCCAUGGAACAGUAUAAAAAUCCACCAAAUGGAGAUAAUCACAUCUCCAAGAAUGAGAUGAAUGAUAGUAAUCAACAAAACAUUGAACAGACGCAACAUUUUCAAAAUAAUAUGAUGGAAGUACAACCUAUACCUCCACCACCUCCCACUUUGAAUACUGAAGAUUAUAAAAAUUUAAUAUUGCAAACGUUAUCAUCAGAAGUUAAUGCUAACGAUGAAACAUAUUCAUUACCUGUAGAACUAUUUUACCCACCUUCAAAUUUUAAUAUUGAUUUCUUAGUGGAUGACCAAGGUCACACGUCUUUGCAUUGGGCUGCAGCCAUGGCUAAUAUUCCAUUAAUUCAAUUACUAUUGAAUUCCAAUGCCAAUGCCCUACAAUGUAAUUCAAAAGGUUUUAAUGCUGUGACAAAAGCAUUAUUUUACAAUAACAAUUACAAGAACAAUUCAUUUCAUAGUUUAUUAUCUGCAUUGAAAAUAUGUCUAAUUUCACCAGACCAAAAUGGCAGAUUACCUUUACAUUAUUUAAUAGAAUUAAGUGUAAAUAAAUCAAAGGAUCCCGCUAUUAUUAAUUCGUAUACGGAAACUUUAUUACAAAUUUUGAGUAAUGAAAAUUAUUCCUUAUUAGAAAUGACACUUAAUUGCCAAGAUCAUAUUGGUAACACCCCAUUACAUCUAGCUGCCUUGAAUUUAAACAUAUCCCUAUUCAAUAAACUAUGUCUAUUGGGUGCAUCAACAAGUAUUUUAAAUAUUGAUAAACAUUCUCCUGUAGAUAUUUUAUCAAGCUUUAAUUUAAUUAUCCCAUCUAACCCUAAACCACAAAACACGCCUGAGGCUCCUGAUGACGAACAACAAGAAGUUUUAAAAUCACCUAAUGUGAAAAAAACAAGAAAGAAGAUUGGAAAGAAGAAGGCCAAUAAUAAAAAACAUUCGACAAAAAAUGAAAAUCCUAGUCACGAAAACACGUUGAGUACUCCUAUGGUUGACUUGAAGCCACAUUUAACCGAGGAUCCAACUAGUUCAUCCUUAAAUAUGAUAAGCGUUGAGGAUAUUUCUUCUGUUGAUAUUUUCGCAAAUCCUUCCAUCCCUAUGUCAUCUACAGUUACCAAGAAUUAUAAUAAACAAAACCUCUUAAGCCCACAAGGUGCUAUGACUCCAAGUAAAAUACCUAAUAUCAAUUCUCCAUUCCCCAUUGAACAACAACAUUCAUUGUCAAAUGAAAUUAAUGGAAAUGUGAUAAAUAAUACUGGUACUAUUAAAAAACAUAACAAAGUUAGAAAAUCUACAUUCUUGGCUUCACCUCAUUUUGCAUCUUUGAAUGAAAAUUCAAGGCAUUUUGCUAACCUUGUCUCGGAAGAUGCUAUCUCACGUGAAACACAAUCUAAACUUAAUGAAAUGGCUAAUUUAACAGGGGUAAGAAAAAUGGUUUAUGAUUUGAAUAAGAUGAUAAACGUUAUGACAAAUAAUAUUGAGGAAAAAUUGGGUACUGUAAUUGACGACACAAAUAAUGUAAAACAAGAGCUAGAGAUUGUUAAUGAUAGAUUUAAUUCAGUAAACAGAAAAUCUAAAGAAAUAUAUCAAUCAAUAAACAUAGAAAACGUUGAUAAAGUUGAAAAUGUGCUCGAAGAGCAUAUAUCAGAUAAUAAACAAUAUCAAAAUCAAUUAGAGAAAGCCAUGGAACGUAGUCAAGCUCUAAAGUUAGCCAAAAUAAUGCAUGAAGAAGAACAAGUCGAAGAAGAACAAAAAGACAAUCCUGGUGACGCAAAAGAACAACUAAGGUUAGCUACAUUACUAUCCUUGUUACAAUUACAAAGACAAUCAAAGAUGAGUAAGAUUCAAGAGAUGACAUCUUCUUUGACUACAAGUGGUAAAAUUAGGAAGUAUGGGAAAUUGAUGGGUAUGGGAUUUGAAGAUUUAGAAAAUAAAUUGGACGAAAUUGAAAGAGACCUUAAAGUUGAGGUAUAA